AUGCAUAAGAAUAAAAAGACAAGUGUGAUAGUUAGUAAAAAACUCCAAGAAAAGGUUAUAGAGGGUAAGAAGUAUGAUAGUAAAAUACACAACGAUGUUAUGAAAUUAAUAAAUAAUGAAAUAGUUCUUGAUUAUAGUACUAAUCAAAAGGUAAAUAGUAAAUAUAUUUUAAACAAAUAUUUAAGCAUAAUAACCCGUCUGAUGAAAGAGAAUUUAAAUUUAAAAAAAAAAAUAGAAACGAUUAAGUUAGAAAAUGGUAGAAAAGACGAUACUAUAAUUAAAUAUGAAAAUGAAUUAAGAAAAAAAAAUGAUAUUAUCAACAAGUUACCAAAUAAAUUGGGAAUACAUAUGUUAAAUAAAAAUAUAAAUGUAUAUGAUAACGCUAAAACGGAUGAAGUUAAUACUACCUUUACAGAAUACAAUAACAUACAAAAAAUAGGAGAUGAUAAUACAGGCAAUAUAAUUAUAACAGAGAACAGUUCAACAGAUAAAGAGCUGAACCAAAACGAGGUUUCUUCACACAUUUACCUAAAUAAUAAUUUUGUAUGCGAAAAUAAAAUGGCGCAAAAUAAUCCCGUUAUUAAUCACAUUGGAAAUAACACUAUUAUACAAAAUGAGGUAAAUUUUUUAAAAAAAAAAGCAGAAAAGGAAAGUAGUCUAUUAAAAAGAGAGAAUUCGUUUGAAAAUAAGAUUGGAACUGCAUACAUUCAUGGUGAAAAAAUAAAUUAUAAUAAUAAAUAUACAGAUGUAAACAAACAUGAUGUUAUUAAUACACAAAAAAUGUAUGUAUUGAAUGAAAUGAAAACGUCAACAAAUACUAGUGAUACGGAGAACAUAUCAUUAGGGAACAAAAAAACAAAAAGAAAAGAAAAACCCAUGUUUGUGAACAACGGUUCAAGCUUUUUUCUAAAUAAAAUGAACACAUCAAAUUAUAAUGAUAAAUGCAUUGAAGAAUUUAAUUAUCUCUUAAACGUGGCCAAUACUGGUAAUGUUAGCAGCAUGGACAGGGUUAGCUUCGUUGACAAGGUUAGUAGCAUGGAUGGAGUUGGAAGCAUUGACAAGGUUAGCAGCAUGAACGGGGUUGGAAGCAUUGACAAGGUUAGCAGCAUGAACAGGGUUAGAAGCGUUGAUGAUAUUGAAUAUGAUCAACAAUUUGAAAAUAUUAGAAAAUUAGAAAAGUAUGUUAAGAAUUGUGAAGAAGAAUAUAAAAAUAUACUUUCCAAAAAUUCUUUUAUUGGUAAGCAAUCAAGUAGUUCCAACAUAGUUCAAAGAGAAUCGAAUGUAUCGAAACAUGUUAUAGAUGAGAAAAGAAAUCUUCUCAACAGUCUAGAAAUAUAUGAUAAUUUAUCAGAACCAAACAACAUAAAUGUUACAAGAAAUAGCUCUGAACAAGGAGAAAAAAAAAAAGAAAACGACAAAAGAAAUGGAAAUAAAAACGACGCACUAAUAAAUAGACAAAUUACUCAAGUUGAUUACAAAGAAGAGAAAAAACAGGGAGACGAAGGCGACUUUAAUAUAUGUCAUAGAAACAAGAAAAGUUUAUAUAUAAGCAUUUCGGACGAGACGGACAAGGACAAUAUAUAUACAAUCAAUAAAAGUAACCUUACAGUCCUAUAUAACAAAAACGACAAAAUACCAAAUAAUGAUCUUCAUGGUGAUAAUAAUUCCUGUGAUAAUUAUAAUUUAACACAUUUGAAUUCUUCCGAAAAAAGAAAUACAAACGAUCUGGAAGAUGAAAAUUAUGAAGAUCUAGAAAAUAUUAUGUCUACUAUAUUGAAACUUCGAAAAAAAGGAUAA